AUGGCCGAGCAAGAUAUUCACUUGAUUGUUUGCGUUUUAUCUGUCGGCCAGCAGUUAUAUUAUCCAGCUUGUCAACACUGCUUCGUAAGAUUAAGAACUCAAAAUAACAGGCUCAAGCUAAACGUAACUGACCAAGAUUCUAUUGCUGAUGUUACUUUAUUUGGUAAGUGUGUGGAGAAUGUUAUUGGUAGAACAGCGACAGAACUACAUAGGAUGCUAUCCACUCGACAAUCUCGAUAUGACAAGAGCCUUGCUAAUAUCUUGCAAUAUAUCAUUAAUUAUUAUUUUAUUGGUUCAAUGAUCGAGCUGUCGUUUUCAUCCCAUCGCUACAAUGGCAAAGUAAAAUGCCAGCAUUUGUCGGACAUUAAAGUAAAGCAAACACGUGUCUCCAAUUUUUAUACGGGUUGUUAUCCAUCUUUUAUUGCUACAAAAAUUGAACCUGUCAGCACUAGAAAAUGCACAGUGAUUGAAGAAUUCGAAAAUGCACUUUCGCAAAUGCAAUGUGCUUGUUCAAAGACUAGUACUGACAUCGACCACGUAGAAGGUGGUAACUUUGACGGCCCAAGUGGUGAAACUUUCAACAAUAGUGAUUGGCAAGUUUUAUUAUGGGAUAGUGAAGAAUGGAAAUUGGAUGAGAUCGAAACAAAUGACAUACCUUCAGAAGGAUUGUCAGAAGCUAAGGAAUUGUUAAAUACUAAUUUUAGUACAACUGCUAAGGAAUCAGAUACUUUUAAACUGAAUAAUCAUCAGUGGAAUACAAGCAACACUGCAGAAUAUAGCUAUAAUAAAACUUGGGUUUCAGCCUCUCCUCCUUCUUUAAACCUAACUUGCUGUAGCUGCGGUCAUGAUGUUACGGUGGUAUCUAAUUUAGAACGUAGUUGGCUACAAAACAAUGUAUCAAUAUCCCCCGGCAUGGAUAAUCAAUCAAUGAGUUGGUUUAGUGAUUAUGGCUUUAAUCAUAAAGAUUGUAAUAUUAGUGUACGAGUGAAAGAUAAGAACGAUAAAGAAGAGGUAAUACCGGGUGUUAAUUUAUCUAAUCAUAAUGGUGAAACUCAAACUAAUUUUGUCGAACAAAACGUAACAUUUAGUAGCAGUAAUGAUUCUAUCAGGCCGGUAAGCCAUCCGGUUACAUGUUCAUCGCCAAGGCAGACAAAUGAUGAAUCUUUGCCUUCGGAGACUUUACUACUGUACUCACGUUGCAAUUCCAGCGAUAGUAUCAAAGAUGAUCAUACAGGUUCCAGCGAUUCCGGUUGUAAUCAGAAUUAUAUUUUCUGCCGAUCGGAUACGAGAGACACACUAUUGCUAUUUUCACCGAUUAAUACAGCCGAAAUUGUAAACGAUUCGAAUCAGCAAACAGGCCGCAAGCGGCGAAGAACGUCUCAUGUCAAUCUUUCUCGCAGGAAAGAAUUGUAUAAGGAAAAUGUUGUUGCAAAAUCUAGCGCUUGGGAUUCUAAUAUUAAUGUCGACCAAAAGAAAUUGUCGUUAGUGUUUACUCCUAGUGAAAAAUUAGAUGCAAAUGAUUAUGAUAGCGAAACGUUAUUUUUAUUUUCUCAGAAUAAUACCAGUGCAAGUUCGCAACAUUUCCAAGAUAUUACGACCACAGCUAAUCAGGAUCAAGGUCCAGUAUCCCGUACGAAUAAGCGCUACAGUUGUAAUGACCAAAAUGCAGGUUACGUUGGUAUAACUCCAAGUAGCACCCUGAAGCGAAAGCUAUUCAAGGCAGAGAAUGCAUAA